CGGUCGUAAAACACCUCCAUCUAAUAAACGUGGACCAUUUCGCAUUGUAUCUAUGGAACCCUGACCUUUUCACGCCAUGUUAUUACCACAGUGUCAUGUCUCCAGGUGGAGUAUACAUGUAUGCAGUAUUCUGGCCAUUUCCAGCUGUGUGGAGACACCAACCAGUGAACGCAGCUUAAGAUUUGUGAGGUCCAUCACGCCUUGUCAUUGUUCACAUGUACGCGUAGAUCCACGUUCCUUGUGUUCACCGACAUAAUUAAACACCCUCGCAAUUGUCACGGCACACUUCGGUUCACUUCAUCACCAUUCACGAACCUAGGCUCAUAUCAAAUUAUUAGAGCGUCUUUUGUGUCACCACUGAUCUAAAGCCAUUUCACAAGGUGUUGCCAAGCGAACGCUACGGGACACUGAGCUGAUUCGAGGGUUAGAGACUAUACAGUUUCAAUAUAAGCACCCGUGUCCUCGAACAGCAAAGCCAACAUUUCCUUGGAAGGAUAAACAGUUUUAGUGUUUUCAAAUGACAUGUUGUUAGACCGACGUUUUGUGUGAUGUAAUUGUGAACAUGUUCUUUAGAAUACGUCAUUGAAAUGGAAUAAUUGUGGAUUUAACAGCGUUCAAGGCGGAGAUGUGACACGAGGUUUUGUCCGUAGUCUUGAUGGGAGUUUGGCAUGAGAUCUAUGGUGUGUUCCCCCUAAUAAUGGCCGAGGGUUUUGUAGCAUGUUUACCUGUACAUUAACGCAGCUAGUUCAGACAGUUGAAAGUGAGCGUUAACACGAAGAAGACCCUGUUUAGUGUGGCAUAAAAGCGAGCGUGCACAACUCAAUACAAUCUACCCAUCAACCAGGAUCAUACAGUUGGUGGAUGUCAGAGGACCGCCCGGGGGUGGGGACACGCGAGCUGGGGGUAAGGAGUUGUCUAGUGUUACCGCCUGGUGGAUAUAAUACUUCAAGAAUGUACCACACCUGAGGAGCGGUAGAGUUAUAGUUCGUGGAUGUAUCUUGGCCAGAAACGUCCGUUGACGUUCAACUUUCAAGCCAGCGUGUGAAGAUUUCAGUCAGGAUAUGAGACUGCGGGUCUUUGGAGGAAUACACUUUACGCAUACUUACACGCAUUCUUAUGAUGAAUAUAGUGAUGAACUUAUGAUGAAUUCACUUCACCCGUGAUAACAGGUACCAUUCAGAGGAGCAUACGAGCAGGGUGGUUGAGGACACAUUUAUAUAUACGUCCAUGACGAUAUAGUAAUUACCAUACACGGGACAGCCGAAACACGGUUGUAGACUGAUGACGCAACCACUGACACUUCCCUACAUAGUUACCCCUAGGGAGACAGAUAAUGGUGGCCCCACUUCCGGUACCUAUCUGGUUGGUCAGAGAAGGUCAAGGAUCGCUGGUGGUGGUCAUGGAGCAGGCCGGGCACCAGUCACGACAGAGUCCUUCCCGACACCCAAACAAAAUGGCCACCUGUUAUCAGGGGAGGGAACUCCGCCUGCACCACGACUGACGUUCUACCAUAGCGUAGGCGGGUCACGUGUGAGGGCCGAGAAUGCCCCCAGGAAACACAACAGACGGCUGCAGUCAUUGCCCCCGAGGAAGCCGAAAGCCGACGAUGAGUCCCCCAGGCUGGCCAACUCCGCCCCCUCACGGAAGGGACAGAAGGCGGUGGCUCCCCUCCCUAAACUCAACAACCUGAUGGCCAAGCUGAAGACAUCCGAGCGGGAGCAGACAUACGGCAAACCUCGACCUAAUGACCAUGCCGGGAUCUCCACAAAGGCGCAUGAAUCUCAGAACCAGAAAUCUCAGAAGUUUGCUACCUCAUGGGCCAAUGCCAGAGCGGAACAGCCCAAACUCAGAAGCGAUGACAGAAGUUCUCCUAAUGAGAAACGCGAAGCCCUAGACAAGAAGUCUGACCCCUUCCAUGCGAAAAGCGAGAGAAAGCAGCCCCCAGUAAUUUCUGAAGUGGUCCCGAAGGAACGAGAGAAGAUCGUAAGGAAGAAUGAUCAAACACUGAGCCACAUGUUCCACGCCUCGGAAAAGGAGAACACUUCUCCCGUGAAACAAAGAGAGUCGCCCUACCUGGACAUGAAGGCAAGGGAGAGGCGGGUUGAUCUGGAGAGAAGAGACUGGAACCCUAGCUAUGUAGUUCCGAAACCUGUGGCCAGUAGACGACGAGAUGAAGACACCCACCAGCCUGCCCUUACUGACGCCAAUGAACUCUACAAAGCCUACACCGGACGCACGAAGCGGGAGUUGAGGAGGUGUGAUGACACCAUCAGCCGCAGCGGCUCCCAGUACGGUGAGGUUUAUCAAGCCACAAUCACCAUCUCCCCACGAAACAAGAAAGAGUAUGUGCUCACUCUCAGGGAAGCUGAUGCAUAUAAAAAGAUUAACUCUGUCUACGGCAGUGAUUCGUUUAGGAAAAAGAGAAAAUCCUACCUCUUGCAAAAACUAAUGACUGUAGAAGUGGACCAGAUUAAGAUACAUAAUCAGAGUGUUCGUGAAAGAGAACGCAAAAAGGUCGAAUCUAAACGUCGGCAGCAAAAGCAACUUCAUCAUCUGAGGAGAAGGUUCAAAGACCAACAGUGCCGUCGCUUCCGGUCUCAGUACGUCACGAGUCGCGUGUUAGAGCACGAGAAAAUGAACCGGAAGUUGUACGGACUUCCAGAGGAGAAUGCGUCAGAAAAGGACGAAGAAGAGGAGGAUCUGGAUGUGCCUGAGGAUAAUUCCGAAGAGAGCGAAAAGAGCAGGAGGAAGAAGGACGAGCUGAUUACAUCGUACGACAAGAAGAAGAAGAGGAAAGCAUAUGAGAGGAAGUACAAGAACAUGUUCGACAUCAGUGUGGGUCCGUCCUGGGAUCCUCGGGCGACCACGCCCAAGAUGGAGGGAGUCGACAUAGUUGCGGUGGAGGUCAAGGGAAAGGAUGGGAAAGUCAAGGAGAGGAAGACAGAUGUCAAGGACAUUGUGAGGGACGCCAAGAAGUUAUUACAGACACCCAGUCGAGAGUACGACCUAUCGCUGAACGAAUCUAGACUGACAACUCCAAUUAGUCGCUCGACACAUCUCAGCAGACGUCGGCCAUCGCUCGACUCUCUGGAACUAGACGAUGAUGAUGAUGACGAUGAUAUUUUCGAGCGUGCGAGACGAAAAUACAACUUGGAUGUAGACAGUCAACUUUAGAUCACAUUCGCAGCCUGGGGGUCUUUAGAUUUGUCACACAACGACUUUAGCCGAAUUGGUCUCACAACAGUGGAUUCCAGUCCUGUGUAUAGCUCAUCCAUCAUCUCUCAGGAGACCUCAGUCAGAUGUGAUAUAUGUUGUAUAUCGGAAGAUACCUUUGAUGUAAAUCGUUACUACUAGAACCUCGUCACGCCGAGGACCCGGGUUCGAUUCCCGACAUGGGUACAAUGUGUGAAGCCCAUUUCUGGUGUCCCCCGCCGUGAUAUUGCUGGAAUAUUGCUAAAAGCGGCGUAAAACCAUACUCACUCACUCACUACUACUAGAACCUCGGUCAAAUGUGUCAUUUAUAAGAAUAUUUCUGGGAUAUUUGUCGCUUAUCGGAAACCCUGAAUUAAAUGUUGCAUAUGUCAGAAGACCGCUGUGAUAUAUGUCAUAUAGCAGAAGAGUGAGUGAGUGAGUGAGUGAGUGAGUGAGUUGGGUUUAAGGCCGCUUUUAACAGUAUUCCAGUAAUAUCGCGGCGUGUCAGUUUAAUGUGGGAGGAAAGCCCGAUAUAGCAGAAGACACCAGCGAUAUAUGUCAUAUAUUAGGAGACACCAGUGAUAUAUCGUUUAUGGAUGACACCAGUAAUAUAUGUCUUAUUUUAGGUGACACUAGUGAUAUAUGUCUUAUAUAGAAGACCAGUGAUGUAUGUCCUAUAUCAGAAGACACCUGUGAUAUAUGUCGUAUAUAGAAGACACCAGUGAUAUAUGUCCUAUAUCCGAAGACACCAGUGAUAUAUGCGGUAUAUCAGAAGACACCAGCGAUAUAUGCUGUGUAUUGAAAACAGCAUUGAUUUGUAUCGAAUAUCAGAAGACACCAGUGAUAAAUAUCGUAUAUCGCAGACCCUCCAUCAAAUGUAUUUAUCAGUAUACCUCAAUGAGACGUGUCACGUGUCGGAAGACCCGUUUGACUGAGCUAUGUCUUAGGUAGGGAGAAGCAGCCCUAGAUAGACGUGAAGGAGAAAUCUAUCCAUCACAAAUAUGUUGGAGAUUUCUCGUAAUACGUUGAUUCUUGCACAACAAUAGUAUUAUAUAUUAAAAAAUCAACAAUGCAGUAUUUCUGACCUCACCUUUGCGAGAUAUGUGGAAUGGUUUGGGCUUUUCUAUGUUUAAUCUAAAUAGCUAUCUCACGCGGGUACGAUAAUGGAACACUCAAUUAGCUAUCUCACGUGGGGAGGGCAAUAGAACAUCUGAAUAGCUAUCUCACGCGGGGAGGAUAAUGGAACAUCUUAACAGAUGUCUCACGUGGAGAGUGUUAUAGAACGUCUAAACAGCUAUCUCACGCGGCGAGGGUAAUUUAUAAGAGAUAACCUAAUUACUUAUCUCACACGGGGAGGGCAAUAGACCAUCAAAAUAGCUAUCUCACGCGUGGAGGGUAAUGGAACAUCUUAAUAGCUAUCCCACGCAGGGAGGGUAAUAGAACAUCUAAAUAGUUAUCUCACACGGGGAAGGUAAUGAAACUUCUAAGAUAGUUACCUCACUCAGUUGAGGUGACAGAACAUCAAAUAGAUACCUCACACCGGGAAGAUUUGAGCUGCGGAGACAGACAUUGAUGGAUUGUCACGUAAUUCAGUUACCAGUUAUUAGUAUAACGUAUGAAUAUGCCUAUUUUUCUUCAGCAUUUACUUAAGGGUACUUCUCAGCGUUAUUCUACUGACCACUGGGGAUGGUCUUCCUUUCUAAACCCUUAUAUAUUUUGUUGUCAGUAAUUUACCCAUGUAUCGACUACUAAAUCAUAAGCCAAGGUACAGUAUCAGACCUUGUUUCACGUCUUCUGACUGCAUGCUGACUCUAUGCUGACUGUACAGUCAGAGUUAGCUGUGGUCUCAAGUUCCAUGUCACAUUACACGUGUACAGAAAAAGUCACAACACUCAUUUUAUUUAUUAGAUUCUUAUUUUGUAUAAAUGAAAAUACAUAUAUUUUCUUGAA